UUUAUUUUUCUAAAAAAGUUAUUAAUAUAAUUUUCUUAAAGUGUGUGUUUCUCUUUUUCCCAACAAAAGGAAGGCAAAAAAAAUAAUAAUAAUAAAAAUAAAUAAAUAAAUAAAACAAAAAAUUCAGUCUACACCUUCCCUCUUUUGCUUUCUCUCUCGCGAUCAGAGUCGGAAGGACAAUUCGUUAAUGGAGGGCGAACAGAAGAAACGUUUACCGGUUCCGAUGAAUGAACCACCCACAGACCGCCCUGUUCGUGUUUACGCUGAUGGGAUUUAUGAUCUCUUCCAUUUUGGCCACGCUCGCUCCCUCGAACAAGCCAAGAAAUCCUUUCCAAAUACCUACCUCCUUGUUGGAUGCUGCAAUGAUGAAACCACCCACAAAUACAAGGGUAAAACAGUAAUGACGGACUUGGAGCGAUAUGAAUCUCUACGUCACUGCAAGUGGGUUGAUGAAGUUAUUCCAGAUGCUCCUUGGGUGAUUACACAAGAGUUCCUUGACAAACAUAAAAUUGAUUUUGUGGCACAUGACUCUCUUCCUUAUGCUGAUGCAAGUGGUGCUGGGAAAGAUGUGUAUGAAUUUGUUAAGGCUGCGGGAAAGUUUAAGGAAACUCAGAGGACAGAAGGAAUUUCGACAUCUGAUAUUAUAAUGAGAAUUGUGAAGGAUUAUAAUGAGUAUGUGAUGCGCAAUUUGGAUCGCGGCUACUCCAGAAAAGAUCUUAAUUUAAGCUAUGUGAAGGAAAAAAGAUUGAGGGUGAAUAGGGGAUUGAAAAAGUUGCAUGAGAAAGUGAAGAAGCAUCAAGAAAAAGUUGAAGAGAAGAUAGAGACAGUGAAAAAGCACCGAAAUAUAUGGGUGGAGAACGCUGACAGAUUGGUUGCUGGCUUUCUUGAGAUGUUUGAAGAAGGUUGUCAUACAUUGGGAACGGUCAUCAGGGAUCGGAUUCAGGAACAAAUUGGCACAACAAAUAUACGAGGACUCAUUUAUGAUAAAGAAGAUGGCAGUAGUGAUGAUGAAUAUUACUAUGACGACACUACUGAUGAAGAGGAGUACUAUGAUGACGAGGGUGAGGAUUGACCUUCAUCCGUAAAGAAAGGUAAUUCCCAAAUGUGUGAAUGCGGGCUAUAGUUUGAUCAAAAUUCAAUAAGUUUGUGGUGCUCUCCAUUUGUUAAUGCUUCUUUGAGAAAGAAGAAAACGUGCCUACUAGUGUGCCCCAUGAUGUGUGAUCAGUGUAUUUGUCGUCUAGCUUAUUUGUGCUUGAUGUGUUUUGUAGAAAGUUUCAGGUGCAGGUUAUUCUCUUAAAGUGGGCUUUUAGAAAAGCUGAAAUGUAUACAGAUCUGGAGAUUAUAGAAUCAGUAUUUUAAGAAGUUAGAGAUUUGUUUGAUUAAUAAAUAGAUGAUUUUAAUCAAAGACCGAUGUGGUCCUUGCAAGUUUUACCAUUUCCUCCCCAUCACACCCCCCCCCUUCUUUUUUUAUUUUUUGUUUAUUUUCACCAGAAGUAUUUGCUUAUACAUUUUCAUUUUUUCUGUGAUAAUAGUACCUAUAUUAUUCUCCUACACAUUUGGAUUGGGCAAGUUUGAUAGAGAGAUAGUAGUCAUUGGAUAACAGCUCGUGUUCAAGCUAUAUGGUCAAUUCUUGUUUUAUAAAGAGAGAGUAUUCUGCAAAGUUACGCCAUCGCUAUUACCAGCAAUGAUCUAUGCCCUUCUCUUAAAAAAGCAAUGAUCUCUGGUAACAAUGAUACCC